AUGGGUUGGUUAGGAUCUCUGGUAGUGAUAAUUUUGACUUCCAUCGUGGGGAUAGUUUGGUACUUUGUGCAUCUGAUAGCACAAGUAAGAAAUGGCAGAAUUAUUAUUAGGGUUUUACAGUGCAAUAUAAAGAUGAAUAAGACUUUGUAAGUGAUCAACUUAGAGGACUCCUCGGAGUCGAUGAUAUUUAGCCUACUUCCUAUAGGCCAACAGUAGAACCAUAAUAUUUAUCAGGAAUUGUGGAUUUAAUAGAAACAUCAAUAAGUGGAUUGUGGUUAGCACAAUUUUUGUACAUGGUUCUACUCUUAUUUCUAUUUUUUUUGGUUGUGGACAUCUGGUUCAUAGAAUACCCCUUCUCCUUUAUCUUCAAUGCAAUUAUUGGUGCUACGAUUGUGAUGCUAUUUGCAUACUAUGUCACUGCAACUAAUAGUAAAUCCUUGACAAGAGCACUGAUACAAGUAAAUAUUCUUAACCUAAUUUAUAAAAGUCACAAUUUUCAAAGGAAGAGAGUUUUGGAUACAUGUAUUAAUGCGGUUUUGCAAUCGUGAGUUUAUUGUUCAGUUUACUAUUUGGGAUGUACGUCUUAAUGUAUUACUUCAACGUGGCUGUGUGGGGAGGCGACAUGAAGAAAGAUGAAUACGAGAAGGUGUCAAUAUUGAUGAUUGGAUUCUUGAUGGGAAUGAUACUCGGAGGAUUCAUAUAUAGAGAAGGCAUCUCGAUGAUGUGUAGAUCUAUGAAGACUGCUUCGUUUGGCUUGAUAAGGGCUGACCUAAAUUUGAGUGUUGGCAACAACAACAUCUCAUAACUCACUAGAUUGGCAUACAUGGUAUCUUAAUAAGCAGGAAAUGCAGUUGUCAACUUCUUAGACACAGGAUUUGUACUGGUGUUCUUAUGUUGUGCUGUUUCAUAAAUCGUUAUCAAUAGUCCUGAAGUAUUGGAUAGCAAAAACAGGAGUGCUUUUGCUUUGGGACCCAUCUAUUUGGUUUGCAUUGGAUAUUUGGGAUCUAUUGUGUGUUACUUUUUAAAAACAAUGUGUGCAGACCAAGAGACUGGGUCAUUUGCUGCACUUAAUGUAAGGUGGUAAGUCAUUAUAGCUGCCUUGAUUUCAUUCAUCAUUCAUGUCUCAUUCCCAUUUUCAUUUCUAAUUGACAAGUUCACUCUCAAAGGCGACAAUACUAAGGAUAUAGAUUUUGAAGGCAAAUCAAAUAUGCAUGCUUGUUGGUGUUAUCUGUUGGGAUUGAUUUUUAAUGUACUUCAUAUCAGUUUGUUUGAAUGGUAUACAUCUCACGGAUGCCCCAAUGUCAGAAAUAUGGUAAAUUAUUAUGAUCAAAUAGGGAUUAGCAACAAGUGAUCGUAUAUUGCCAAUGAAUUUGAUCUACUCAAAUUAUUUGGGAGAUUUAUUUUCUGCUAUUCCAACCAUCCUCAUGUUCCUAUUGAUCUCUAUAGUCUAUUCAAUUGAAGGUUUUGCUGGAUUGCUAUUUGCAGCAUCCGGUUACAUCUCUUUAUUUAUUAUCUAUGGAGUCAUAUUCUUCAUUGGUUGCAACUCCUCUGAUUCGUAUAAAUUAACAUGUUUUGCUCACUUUAUAUCAGAUGUGUAAGGCAAAAUCUUUUAGAUCUAUUGGGAAGCCAAAAAUUACAUGGUCUUCCUCAAAGCCACCAAUGCAGGUGCAGCCUUCCUUGUAUCCAUCGGAAUCAUUGGGGCUCAACUCUAUUAAUAUCCCACUGCUUUGACUUCAUUGUUUGUAAAAAACGAAGGAUUUUUGGGAUUGUUCAUUGGUUUCAGUAUUAUGUUUGUAUGUAGAGGCAUCAACAUUUGGGGAAUUAUUAAUGUUGCAAAAAGCUAUGUAAUUGAUAAAUUAAUGAAUAGUUCAUUUUCUAACCCUCUAAUGAAGCAGAAGGAAAGCUCAAUUACUUGAAAGACAUAAGAAUUAUUGAAUUUACUAAAUUCAAAUAUACUCACAGUAUGUUGUAUGUUGCUUAUAAUAUAUUGUUUGUCACAAUAAUGAUUUUGAUGUUUGGAUCGAUUUUGGGCCAUGCUGGAAGUGUGGCCAUUAUGAUCGGAGCUUGUAUUGCUACAUUCCUCAUUUAAUAUACUGGCUUGAUAAAGGGAACCACCUUGGAAAACUCAAGAGUGUAUAAUGAAAGUAAGAUUUUGAAUUGAGAUUUGUAGUAUAGGACAAUAGAAAGGAUCAUCACUAUUUGAUGUACGUAUCUGGAGACACAUAUGCUUGUGCCACUGAGGAAAGCAAUGCUUGUCCGUUGAUUCCCUAUCUGAUUUAUGUUUUCUGUUUACUAAUUUCAUGUCAAAAACAUUUUGCAAAGGCAGAAAAAUGA